UUACGGACCAGAUAUAUUUUUAAGUUAUUACUUAUAUUUUAAAACAAAUAAACAGACAUGGCUUUCGGUGAUGUUAAAACCCCACAAGGUCUUAAGGAAUUGAACGAAUUCUUGGCCGACAACAGCUACAUCAGCGGUUAUGAACCAACCAAAGCUGAUCUUUCUGUGUUCGAAGCCUUAGGUAAGGCUCCAUCUGGUGACUUCCCCCAUGCUCUUCGUUGGUACAAACACAUUGCAUCUUUCGAUGCUACCGAAAAAGCUGCCUGGGGUGGUGCUCCUCUUCCACAAACUGCCGGUGCCAAACCCACAGUAGCCGAUGAUGAUGAUGACGAUGUCGAUCUAUUCGGUUCCGAUGAUGAAGAAGAAGAUGCUGAAGCCGCCAGAAUCCGUGAGGAACGUGUUGCUGCUUAUGCCGCCAAGAAAUCCAAGAAACCCGCCUUAAUUGCCAAAUCUUCUGUCUUGUUGGAUGUCAAGCCUUGGGAUGAUGAAACCGACAUGAAAGAAAUGGAAAAGAAUGUUCGUACCAUCGAAAUGGACGGUCUGUUGUGGGGUGCCUCCAAAUUGGUUCCAGUCGGUUAUGGUAUUAACAAAUUGCAAAUUAUGUGCGUCAUUGAAGACGAGAAGGUUUCCAUUGAUUUGUUGACUGAAAAGAUUCAAGAAUUCGAAGAUUUCGUACAAUCUGUUGAUAUUGCUGCCUUCAACAAAAUCUAAGGUGUUACUAU